UUUAUGUCAUCAUUAGAAAAGUCAUUUUUUGAUGAAAAGAAUAUCGAUUGUUCUUUUUGGGAAAAGCCAACACAACAAAUUAAUAUACACAAAAUUGAACAUCAAUUUAUGCUCUUUUAGAAAAGUAAAAAAACUGGAUUCUGGGUAAGCAGAAACUUUAUUAUUUAUGAUACUAAAUUGGUCAAAUUAAGAGUAUAUUAUAUAAUGUUAUAUAUAAGCCUAAUAAAAAAACAAUUCAUUAAAUCGAUUUGAAUAAGGCUAGAAUAUAAAAAAUAAAAUAUUAAAAUGAUCAAGAGAAGGAGAGCUGUAAUAAAGUAAAAAUGUUAAUCGCAACUAUUAGAAGAAGUAUGGAUUUAAGAUUGUUAGAAAUUAGAGAUGUAGAGAACUCUAUUCUAGAUCAAAAGAAUUGAAUUAAAAAAUUUGGGAAGAAUUAAAAAAAUAUUCACUGUAGAUAACAUUUAAAUAAGAUUAUUAAAUUGAAAAAAUGAUCGGAAAAGGGAAUUUUGCAAAGGUAUUUGAAUUUUCCAUAAUUUUUUAGGUGUAUCUUUGUAAUAAAAAAUCUGAGAAAUAAUAAUAAUAUGCUGUAAAAGCUUUUGAAAAAAGUAAGAUGAUAAAUACUGAAACAGAUAAAUUAGCUUUAUUGAAAGAAAUAUCUAUUUUACGAAAGUUAAAUCAUAAAGGUCUUAUCAAAAUGCAUGAAGUGUAUGAGGAUGAGACACAUAUUUAUUUAGUAUAAGAAUAUUUACAGGGGGGUGAAUUAUAUCAGCAAAUAAAAAAAAAUUAAAAAUAGCCAGAAAAUAUUGUGGCUAGAAUAAUAGCUACAUUAUUAGAAUCUCUUUAAUAUUUACAUAAGAGAAAUAUAUUACAUAGAGAUUUAAAGCCAGAAAAUCUGAUUUUAAGAAAAAAAGGAAUUUUAGAUGAUAUAGUAAUAGCUGAUUUUGGAUUGGCUGAUUUUUAUGAUCCAUUAGGAAACUAUAUGUUUUAAAGAUGUGGUACACCUGGAUUUGUUGCUCCUGAAAUAUUAUAAGACAAGUGUUAUGAUUUUAAAGUUGAUAUUUUUAGUGUUGGAUGUCUUAUGUAUUUAUUAUUAGCAAGUAAAUCACCAUUUAAAGGAUUCACUUACGAUGAAGUUGUUAUGCGUAAUUAUCAUUGUAAAAUAGAUUAUGAAUACAUUUAACCCUUUAUAUCUAAUUCAUGUAUUUAAACAUAAAUAUUAUAGGUUUAUAAUUAUUAAAAUUAUUGUUACAUUAUAAACCAAGUAAAAGACCAACUGCUAAAGAAACAUUAAGACAUGAAUGGUUUAUGCAAAAUUUGGAUAAGUAGAGAUAUGAAGAAUUAAAUAAUAAUGAAGAAUUACUUUAAAAUGCUAAUGAGACAAAUAAAUCAUGUCUAAUUAAUUUUGGAAAUUCUGGAUUUAUGAAACAUUUUGUUAGUCCUUCUACUUGUUUAAAACCUGAUUUAUCAAAUCCUUAAAUAUCAUAUCAAAAAAGAAUAGAUGAUACUGUCCUUCUUACUCCACAAUAUGUCAUUUUACAAUCUAUAUAAGAAUAAUUUAAAGAUAGUGAAUAAAAAAUUUAAAUAAAAGACGAUUUUGAUGAUUUGAUACUAGAAGAUGAAUCUCCUUAAUCAAAUAAAUUACCAUAAUAUUAAUUAAUUGGUAAAUUGAAGAAAAUUGGUGAUUCAAAUAAUUAAUCCUCUUAUAACUCUACAAUCAUUAAAGUAUUAAUCUUUAUAAUAUAAGAAUACAUCAGAGGGUAAUAAAAAAGAAUUAGAGUACAAAACUCCGAUCUUGAUUAAUCAAAUUAUUGAAAAUCUCAUUCAACCGAAAAAUGAAGCAAAAAUUAAUAAUAAAUUAAAAUAACUUGAAUAAGAUUGA